UUUUGAUUAAAUGAUCAUUUAUUUAAUUUGUAAAUUUGCCUAAUAUUUUUAUAUGAAAAAACUAUUACCUAUACCUAGAGCAACUUGUGGGCAGGGAGAUUAAAAAAAAAAACUUCAAGAUUUGCAAGACUCCACGUUAGCUUUGAUGCCGCUCUAAAUAAAAACAUAAAAAACCGUUGUAAGAAAUGUUCCAAACACAAAGAUAAAACGGUUGCAAUCUCGGUUGCAAUAGACUUAUGUCUGAAACAGAUCCAAAUGUGUCCUUGAAUGGAAUAUCGGAGAGAACAAAAUCUUUCGUUAAAGAAAAUACUAAUUUUUUUUAAGCAACCCUUUACAAAAUUAUAUUGUAUGUACUUAUUUUUUUAGGAUAUGGACCAAAUUUCAAUGGAAUUGGAUACCAUGGAAAGAAAAUUCACAAAAUGUUUUUGUAUUAUUCAAGUUAGCAAAGGUCACAUCUUGCUUCUCAAAAAAUUUAAAUUAUUUAAACAGCUUCUGCGGAAAACCAAAUUACAAUUGUGCUACAUUUUACAGGAAUUUAUUUGCGAGAUUGCUUACCUUUUCGUUUUGUACGGAAACGAUAUGUUGACUGUUACUCUAAAGUUGUCUACGUUGUACAACAAAUUAUUACAGAUGGACGUUGAAUUCAAUUUACUCAAAAAUUCGAGCAGCGUUUGUAACAAUACUUGCCCCUAUUUGUUGUUUCCUCUUAAAAAAAUUUCAGUUACCAGGCUUUUGCAAAUUUUAUCGUACCAUAGAGCUGAGUAUUGUUGUCAUAAGCUUAUAGACUGUCUUCUGGAAACCUAUAAAAUGCACGAAAACUCUGAAGACGAUAAUAGCUCUGAUAAUUCAAGCUUAGAAAUAUACAUGGCAUUGACUAAGCAUUUAUCCCCCCCUGUAGAAGUGAAUAACACGAAAAAGGGUAAAGAUUAUAUAGCGAAUGUGGACGAUAGUAUUGGAACAUUUAUAAAUCUGGAAGAACUAAUAUCUUACGAAGAAACAAAUGUGAUCAAUUUAAUCAAUGCCACUCAGCAAGUGGCUCCUGCGAUGCUGGGGAAAGACGGGAUCAAAAAAAUAGGUACCGGUAUUCAUUGA